UCCUGAUGCAUCUUUGCAAAUAAAGAGCAGGCGAAGAGUACCACAACAGCAGAUUACACCUUUUAUAUCUGGAUCGCUAGUGUGCAAAGAUGAAUGGCACUGAGGGAAACAACUUCUACGUCCCCUUGUCCAACAGGACAGGUCUAGUGAGGAGUCCUUUCGAGUAUCCUCAGUAUUAUCUCGCUGAACCAUGGCAGUUUAAAUUGCUUGCUGUCUACAUGUUCUUUCUCAUCUGUUUGGGUCUACCCAUCAAUGGCCUUACAUUGAUUUGUACAGCUCAACACAAAAAGCUCAGACAACCUCUCAACUUUAUUUUGGUCAACCUGGCUGUGGCUGGUGCCAUCAUGGUUUGUUUUGGAUUCACGGUCACUUUCUACACAGCAAUUAAUGGCUACUUUGCUCUGGGACCGACUGGCUGUGCGGUUGAGGGCUUCAUGGCCACACUUGGAGGUGAAGUUGCCCUUUGGUCACUUGUGGUGCUGGCUAUCGAGAGAUACAUUGUGGUCUGCAAGCCAAUGGGUAGUUUCAAAUUCUCUUCCACCCAUGCUUCGGCAGGAAUUGCAUUUACAUGGGUAAUGGCCAUGGCAUGUGCGGCUCCACCUUUGGUUGGCUGGUCAAGAUAUAUUCCUGAGGGAAUUCAGUGCUCGUGUGGACCAGACUACUACACCCUGAAUCCUGAAUACAACAAUGAAUCAUAUGUCCUCUACAUGUUCAUCUGCCAUUUUAUAUUGCCAGUCACUAUAAUCUUCUUCACCUAUGGACGACUUGUUUGCACAGUCAAGGCGGCUGCAGCUCAACAGCAGGACUCAGCAUCUACCCAAAAGGCUGAGAGGGAAGUGACAAAAAUGGUCAUCCUGAUGGUUUUGGGUUUCUUGGUGGCUUGGACCCCUUAUGCCACUGUUGCUGCCUGGAUCUUCUUUAAUAAGGGAGCAGCUUUCAGUGCCCAGUUCAUGGCUAUUCCUGCCUUUUUCUCAAAGACGUCAGCCUUAUAUAACCCUGUCAUCUAUGUGCUGCUAAACAAACAGUUCCGGAGCUGCAUGCUGACCACUCUUUUCUGUGGAAAGAACCCUCUUGGCGAUGAGGAGUCAUCAACUGUAUCCACCAGCAAGACGGAGGUGUCCUCUGUAUCUCCAGCAUAGACUUUUGGACCUCUCACAGAUUAUGUUCUUUUAGUCACUGACCAAUGUGGGCAUCUGAAAAAAGCUGGGGGUGGAGAGAUGUGGGGGGAGACAGUUGAAAUCGUUUUUUGUUGUGUUCACUAUCACCAUUAACUUGGUGAACGCAGAAGACACAUAUAUUUGGUGUGUACAAAUGUUAUCAGUGAACACUGAAAUUGUGGUUUUAUUUUUGUGUGCCGGGGGGGCAAGCAUUUGUAUCUUUUGCCUGAAAUGUACAUAUAUUUUGUAAAUAAUGAAAAAGAAAUACAUAGAAAUAAAUACUGGCAUUAAAUAC